ACUGCCACUGUCCGGUGCCACCAUCUACCGUACGAGGUAACUACCUAGGUUGACCAUCUUACCUAGGUAAUUAUUAUCUGAUUCUGUAUCAAUUGUAUCGCCCAUUGUACACAGAACGGACGCUUCCCCAGGCACGACUCCUUACCCAAGACGGCAAUCUUAUUCUGAUUCGCUCCAUCAAGUCUUACUUGACAAAUCCAUCAAAGUUUUUUUCCCCUUUGGAAUUUCUCAUCCUCACAUCCGCCGCACGCCGCCAUUAUUUGAAUACUUUCCCAUUCAAUCCGUCGCUUCUGUUCCAACACGGACAACUGCUGCGAUUACUAACAGCCACCCACGUUUCCACUAUCCGGUCCCCUGUAAGCUAGCAGCUUUUGCGUCAUUAUAAGUAGGCGGGCGGUUCUCAUACCUGUUGCCUUUUUCCUUCCAUUCUUCAUGAGUAGGAGAUUAUUGCUUUACCGGCUCCCGCAAGGUUUGACUUCCGGCUUAACACUGAGUCCUCUCCCGUCUACUUCUGCUGCUUCUGUACACGCCCGUCCUCUCUUAUCAACCUCCAAGUCAUCCAAAGCUAUCCUGGCGGCAAAGCGGCUAUCGGCUUUCUCUCGACACUUCUCCAGCGCAAACCCCACCAUGGCUCCCGUCCCCAAAGAGGCCGACUAUCUAGUCAUUGGAAUCGGUAGCGGUGGUAUUGCUUCCGCACGACGAGCUGCAAAGCAUGGAGCCAAGGUCAUUGCCAUUGAAUCGAAGCGCAUGGGCGGCACGUGUGUGAACGUGGGUUGCGUUCCUAAAAAGGUGACAUGGAAUGCAGCAGCCAUCGCUGAGACGUUCCGUGACGCAAAGUCGUAUGGUUUCGGAGGGUUUGAGCAACCCAGCUUCGACUGGCCCUACUUCAAGCAGAAGCGUGAUGCCUAUGUCAAGAGACUGAACGGCAUCUACGAGAACAACCUGAACAGGGAUGAGAUCGAGCACAUCAAGGGCCGAGCAAAGUUCAUCUCCAAGAAUGAGGUGGAGGUCGCCCUCGAGGCUGGAGGAACCCAGCGCGUCAAGGCCAAGCACAUCCUGAUAGCAACCGGUGGCCGACCACAUCUCCCGGACAUUCCCGGAAAGGAGCUCUGCAUCGAUAGUGAUGGCUUCUUCGACCUUGAGCAACUGCCCAAGCGCAUUGUAACCAGCGGUGCUGGCUACAUCGGAGUGGAGAUGUCCGGUAUGCUCCACGCUCUUGGAUCCACCGUUGAUUUCGUUAUCCGCGGUAACACCCUACUCCGUUCGUUCGAUCCCAUGAUCCAGGAUACCGUGACUAAGGAGUACGAGCGUCAAGGAGUCAACCUGCACAAGGGCAGCCAGAUCACCAAAGUGGAGGACAUUGGCAACGGUCAGAAGAAGGUCACCAUCAAGAAUUCCUCGACCGGAGAGGAGACCGUUGUGGAGGCAGACACUGUCCUCUUUGCCGUCGGUCGCACCCCCGAAAUUGAGGACCUGCACAUCAAGGAGUUAGGCAUCAAUCUGAAUGGCAAGAACCACAUCGUCACCGACAAGUACCAGAAUACCAACCUGGAGAACGUCUAUGCAAUUGGUGAUGUCUGCGAUCGUGGCUUCGAGCUGACCCCGGUAGCCAUUGCUGCCGGCCGACGUCUGUCCGACCGUAUCUUCGGCGGCCAAAAGGAUCGCCAUCUUGAGUACGACAACAUCCCGUCUGUGGUCUUUGCCCAUCCAGAGAUUGGUUCGAUCGGCCUUACGGAGCCACAAGCCAGGGAAAAGUACGGCGACAAGGUUAAGGUUUACAAGACCCAGUUCACGGGCAUGUACUAUGCGAUGAUGGACCCGGAAGAGAAGGGCCCGACAGCGUAUAAGAUCGUCGUCGUGGGAGAAGAAGAGAAGGUCGUCGGACUGCACAUCCUGGGCCAGGGCAGCUCUGAAAUCCUACAAGGAUUCGGCGUGGCAAUCAAGAUGGGUGCUACGAAGAAGGACUUUGACUCGUGCGUGGCUAUUCACCCCGUGUCCGCCGAGGAACUCGUAACGAUGACUUAAAGAAGAAUGCCAAUUACAAACAACAUAUAAGGAUGAGGUUCGUUAUCUUGGGAAAGCGAAAGAGGAAUAUAGAGAGUAUCAUCUGCUUGUUCCUGUCCUUUCUACUGGAGAGAAAUAGAG